AUUAUCAUCUGCGGACCCGAGAAUGUUAGAACUUGGUGGUGGAACGACGCUUAAUUUUGCAUUUUGUUUACUUGUAAUUCCUCAAAAAUAACAUUGUUUAGAAUUCAGAUUUACCGAAAUGGCUUAAUUAAAGCUUUCAUUUUUUCGUCAUUCAAGGGUUAAAUUAUUACGAUUUGUUUUGGCAAAAACGUCAGGCAACAAAGGCAAUUAUGGAAGAAACAAAGGUUAAUAAAGGACCUCAGGGAAAUAAUCGGAGAUUUGUCAAUAAAAAUAGGAGAGAUCCUAAGUCAAUUAACCAUCACCACGACAACUCUCAAGGAGGAAAAGUAAAUUCUGUUAAACCUCGAUAUUCAUCUCUUGAUCAUACAAAACACUUGGAUAUGAAACCAGAAAUGGUUGUAAUAAAACAGGAUAAUAAAAGUGAUAAUAAGAUCAACUUCAAAGGAAAAGAUAGUUCAUUUCAUGGAGGAAAGGAUGAUCAUGUCCAGCACACACAGAAAGAGCACAGAUCUAAUAUGAAAUAUGAAGACAGACGCAAAUACAAUUACCCCAAAGAAAGACAGAAUACUAGGAAUUUUAAGCCAAGAAAUCAGAGUAGGGGAAAUGAAGUGCCUACAAAUGAUGAAACAAAGUUACAAAAAGGUCCACUCAAAAAUGAGUCAGUACUUUUAAAGCGAAAUGAAAACACUAACAUGACCUCCACACCUCAACAUCUAAAACCUGCAGUUCAUGUGCAACCACUGCAGCAAGUUCCUGAGAAAGCCAACACUCAUUCUACGGUAGAACAAAAUCCAAAUAACAUCCAAACAUAUGAUUCCAGCAUACAAGUGACAACUGAAGACAGUGCAUUGGAAUGCCAGGAACUUAGCAAUGAUGAUUAUGUUAAAGAAACGAGUACUGAACAAUGUCCACAGCAUUCCGCACCUUUUGAACAGACUUCAUUCACGAUGGUACCAACUACACCAAAACAAUAUAGUAAAGAGUCCAAGCAACCUGUACAAAAACCUGGCCUUCUUGAUCAAAAUCCUUCGAAUCCAAUAUUUCAAAAUGAGAAUUUUUCUUUAGCAGGCCUUGCUACAAGUGGCAUUGGCAGUUAUUUAUCAUCAAGUAUAUGUUCUUCAUUUGUUCCGCAAAAAAAUUUAGCAGAACCUAUAAAAAACGCAUCAACAAACCAAAGUAUGUUACAGGGUGGUGACUUGACAUCAAAACACCUUGUUGUGGCUCAGCCUAAUCAUCUGCCAAAAACCUUCCUGCCAGAUGAAAAUUUGCUUCUGCUAACCGAUAGAAGCGAAAAUACGCGGCUGCGUGGAAAUAUGAAAGAACCGUUAGAUGAUCAUCAGAAUUCUUAUCCAAUGCCACGGGAACAGCCAGAAGAAGCAGCAGUACCCGUGCAAGCCAUGUCUGAUGAAAAGUAUGGUUACAGAAUAUCUGUGGACAGUUUGUUUAGUACGUCGUUCUUUACAAACCCGCAAUCAGAUGUGAAGAAAAAGGAAGAAAUACGUGAUCCACAACGUGACAGUCACAUGGUUACAAACCGGACGAGCCAGGAGACAACGAUCCCUCCUCAAAGUCAAGAACGACAUGGUCAAGUUUUGGAUAACAAACAACGCUUUGAGGUGACAAGUUCUAAUAAGAUGAUGACGAACACGUCACUGGGAAAUCAUAUGGUUAAAAACCAUGACACGCCAGCCCUUGAUCGAAUGUUAAAUGCCAAGCAGUUCAACGUAGUAAGCUCUCCAGAAACGGCAAACCCAUCACUUUUUGUCUAUCACCCACUCACUGCUCAGGAUAAGAAAAAUGAAAAUUCUAACCUUGUCUCGCCAUUAAGUUCAAAAGACGGAAACAAACCGACUCUUGGAAGUCCACCACAUGUCGUCCGAAACCUUGCUCCUCGUGUCAAUCUUGGAAACGCUCCCGUGUUGUUGAAAGACGAGUCAUUAUCAUUAGGAAGUGUAAAUCCACGAAAGUAUCGUGGUUUUCUAGACCAGACUGAAAACGUUGCUGAUGAGAAGCCUCCCACCGGAGCGAUGUCUUCAUUAUACAGAAGGGCAGAUGGCCGAGAAGACGGUUCAAUGGAUACAAGAAAUUUAAAGGCUGAUAUGGCGCCUGAAAAAGUAGAGAAAAAUAUUUCACGUUUGAGCCAUUCCCUCGAAGAGCCUGUGUCCAAAUGUUCUUUGGCACAGACCAACUCUGAUAUACAAACAGAUUCCUUAGUAAACCUAAACUACCGAGAAAUUCCGAAACAUUCCAUGGAUUUACCAUCAAAUUGCUCUGCAGCCGAUGAAACGAAGGAGCCCAUUGUAAUAACCUCCUGCCCGACAACAAAUGAGAAGACGUCGCUUUUAACAAAAGGAGGGCUUCAAACUGCAACAAAUGAAAAAGAAGAUUACAAGAAGCUUAGUGAUCCCCCUUCACUUACUGGGGAUAUCGAGAGCAAUCAUGUACCUGGAGGACCAUUUCAUCAGGGUCCUAUUUUUCCCAAUCCGUUUCUAGGUCAUUCAUUACUCACCCACCGCCAAGCUAUCCCAUCAGCAUUUGUUUACCCAUCGAGGGUUGGAAUUCCUGGAAGUCAUUCUGGUUUUACAGACGUUGCACGACACACUGGCACUAAUCCUAGCCCUCAUGUUUUCCCGCCUCAUGGAACUACGGUUUGUUUGAACGUUGGAGGUCGUAUAUUUGAGAUUCUUCCCUCUACGUUCUCACUUUAUCCUGAAAGUCUUUUGUGUCAAAUAUUCACCGGCGGAACGCCGGCAACUAUAAGUCAGAGAGGUCAUAUAUUUUUUGAUCGAGAUGGAUAUCUCUUUGAAAUUAUUCUGGCUUUUGCUCGGGUUGGUUAUUUGACUGUUCCUGCAAACGUGAACUUAACAAGCCUAAUGAAUGAAGCAAAGUUCUUUGGCAUGUACGAAUAUAUGUUCCAAAAAGGUCAAAUAUCGUCAGGUAACACGUUGCAGUUUCAACGGAAGACACGCUGUACAUUACAUUGCGAUGAUUCUGGCAAGACAAAGGAUACAAGAGCGUUUGUAUUACAAGGAGAUGAUAAACUGAAGAUUGAGUCAUUACAUGUUUCUGGACCUUGUUAUCUUUACGUUGAUCUUUGUACACCGUCAGGUGUUAAAGAAACCAGCAACUUUGUGAUCUAUAAUCCAGAUAAACCUGAUUUAUGGAAAGCAUAUCAAUUUUGUGCGGAAAGACAGCUGGUAUUUCAUUUAGAGCAUGCAUACCAAGAUAAUCCAGUAAAGGGUUGUAAUAAAGCAAGUGUGGACAUCGUCUUUGCCCAAACAUUUGUUUUCGCUGGGGAUGAGUUUACUUCGUAAUAUUCGAUAUAUUCAUGGUUGGUAUCUUCUCAAUCCUUCCCAUUUCACACGAUUAGAUGUCAAAAUCAAAAGAAGGAUUUCUUUACAAAAUUUGACUUUCACUACCGGGACAUAAUUAACUUUAAUUAUUUACUUUUAACCAACCACGUACAAGCGCGAUAGCUGAGAAAUAGGGAGUUGUAGUUUAAGGCUCUGAGGCCUGCGUUUUGAACGUAGUUCUUGUUAAAGCGUUUGGCGUAUGAGAAACUGCAUUAAAAUAGGCAUAGACCUGGUUUCUCGCGUAGAAGAAACUAUACAUACGUUUCAAUGCACAGUACCUGACCAAUUUAUUGUGAACCUAUGCAGAGAUAAAUUGGGAGGAA